UCAGUCGUACAACAUGGAGCUAAUAGGUUUCAUACUGAGCUACUUCAUCACCAAGGACCUGUCCAUGAUGACUGCCUUCAUCUGCUGGCCCCCGGAGCAAGCUCUAGAGCUGCAGCGCGGCGCACGUGGUGCGGGCGUGAGACUCACCGUGGUCUCCGAGCCAAAGCGCGCCGCUCCAAUGACGCCGGCUGGCUACUUCAGGGAGGCCAUGCUGCUGGACCUCAACUGUCCUGAUACUCACCUUGUUCUUGAAAAGGCCUCCGGCUCUCGUGUACUGAACAGGCGUCACUCGUGGCUACUGCUCCACAACUCAUCAGCCGAGCCGGCGCUCGUGGAGGAGACCCUGAAUGCGUACGAGAUCCUGCCCGACGCAGACGUGGUGUGGUCCUCUCCUCACACUAUGGUGGACGUGUACAAGACGAAGCCGAAUCAACCGCUGCUGCAGGUCGAGCUGGGGCUCAGCAGGAACAGUUCCCACCAGGAGCUGCUGUCGCUGUGGGGCGCGCUGCCCACUGCUGUGACUCGCAGGAGAGAUCUCAGGAAUGUCUCACUCAAGGGUAUUUCUGUAGUGACAGAACCAGACAACUUCAAGGGCUGGGCAGACCUGCGCAACCGGCAGAUCGAUACCUUCCCCAAGUUCACCUAUCCGCUUAUGAUGCUACUUGCUCAGGACUUACACUUUCGGUUCGACCUGCGGCAGGUGGACUUCUACGGCGUGUCGCACAACGGGUCGUUCGACGGGCUGGUGGGCCACCUGCAGCGGCGCGAGGCGGAGGUGGGGCUCGCCUCGCUGUUCAUGCGCCACGACCGCAUGCAAGUCGCCGACUUCUUCUCCGAGACCUGCGUGCUCGCGUGCGCGUUUAUCUUCCGGCAACCGUCCCGGUCGGCCGUGUCCAACGUGUUCCUGGCGCCGUUCAGCGCCGGCGUGUGGGGCGCCAGCGCCUGCGUGGCCGCCAGCGCCGCGCUGCUGCUGGUGGCGCUGCGCCGCCUGCGCCAGCACACGCGCGCCUCCACCGACCUGCAGCUGUUCACGCUGCUCGAAGCCAUCACCUUCGCACUGGGCUCACUGUGCCAGCAAGGGUUCCACAGGACGCCGCCGGUGACGUCAGUGCGCGUGGUGAUGUUCAGCACGCUGCUGACGUCACUGUUCGUGUUCACGGCCUACUCCGCCAAGAUCGUGGCCAUCCUGCAGACUCCAAGCAACGCGCUGCAGACCAUCGACGACCUGGUGCGCUCGCCCAUGACCAUCGGCGUCCAGGACACCACUUACAAGACGGUCUACUUUCUCGAGAGUCCGGAGAAGUCGACGCAGCAGCUGUACCGGCACAAGAUCCUGCCGCAGGGCGAGCUCGCGUACCACAGCGUCGUGGACGGCAUCGCGCGCGUGCGCACUGGCUUCUUCGCCUUCCAGGUGGAGAAGAGCUCUGGCUACGACAUAAUCAAGCAGACGUUCACGGAGCGCGAGAAGUGCAGCCUCAGCGAGAUCGAGGCGUUCAAGCCGCCGCUCGUGGCCGUGCCCAUGAAGAAACACUCCGGGUAUAGGGAACUCUUCGCUUCCAGACUGCGUUGGCAGCGCGAGGUGGGGCUGAUGGACCGCGCGCGGCGCGUGUGGCUGGUGUCGCGGCCGCGCUGCGAGGCCGCCGGCACCGGCUUCGUCAGCAUCGGACUCAUCGACGUGCUGCCCGCGCUGCAGGUACUGGCGCUGGGUGCGAUUAUGUCCGUGGUGCUGCUGGUAGGAGAGCGCGGCGUGCGCCUGCUGCAGCGACAUACCGGGCACACCACGACACCCUACUAACUGGGCUCGAGUAUAUUGUUUUAUACAGUACCACCACUGAUAUUUACAGAAAAUAUGCACUAAGUAGAGAGAGUAGCGCAUACAACAUGAACGCACGGAGCUAUGGACACAGCGUCCGCCACGAGCACUAGAACGGUGCGCUAGUCAAGCUCGUGCUCGUACGAGUAGCGCAGGCGCUAAGAGAGAUGUUCGAGCCGAUGGGCACUGGGAGAACUACACGAGCGGUGCGAGAUCGAGCGCUAGGUGAGCUGGUCCGGUGGCGGCGCUACGAGAGCUGCACGAUGAUGAGCACGACCAGCACGAGCAGGAUGAGGGCGGACAGCGCGCGGUCCAGCAGCACGGCCGCCGCCGCCCACGUGCCGCUCUCCGACGACAGGCACGACUCCUGCACACAUGCAGUAAAUUCAUUAAUAAAUCUACCAAACAACUUUAAAAAA